UCCUUUCACCGGGUCAAGGAAAUCCUCUAACAGACCGGCACAGCUAUACUGAAGCCCAGCAAUAGUAUGUUAAAUUAGUAACAAUUGGCAAUAUUUUGGGUUGAUUGUUAAUGAUUUGGAGGGCUGUGUGGUUUUGUCUGUGACAAUGACAUCUGCCCACAAUUGUUCUUGCCAUUUGGAAAUGCUUCUGACUUACAGUCCUUGAAUUACUAAGAGUGGUUGAUAGCACUGAUUACUAACGUUAGGACAGGAAGUCUGAUACAGCCAGUAGAAUGACCUCAGUAAUUAACACCCAUCAAACGUAUCUGAGGCCUCCCAGGAUAGUCCUGCCAGGCAUGGAUGAGGAGCUGGAAAGGAUGGAGGGUGGGGAAUCCAGGGAUCAAUACCUACCUGGUUCGGUGGCUCAAUAUAACACUAACAGCAGCAAUAACAAAGAUGAAGAGGAGAAAAAGAAAAAGAAGAAAGAGAAAAAGAGCAAAUUGGAAGGGAAAAAGGAAAAGAAAAAGGAAAAGAAAGAGAAGAAAGAAAAAGAAAAGGAGGAGAAAGAAAAGGAGAAGGACAAAGACAAGGAUAAAAAGGAGGAGCCUAAGAAGGAAGUUUUCGUUAUUGAUCCAGCAGGAAAUAUUUACUACAACUGGCUAUUUGUUAUAACAAUGCCUGUAAUGUACAACUGGACCAUGAUUAUUGCCAGAGCAUGUUUUGAGGAGCUACAGCAUGACUACAUAAGCUCUUGGUUCAUAAUAGACUAUGUAUCGGAUGUCAUUUAUCUGGCUGAUAUGUUUUUCCGGACCAGAACAGGUUAUCUGGAGCAAGGUUUGCUGGUCAAAGAUGAGCAAAAGCUACGUCAGAGAUACCUGGAAAGUGUACAAUUUAAACUGGAUUUGGUGUCAAUGAUACCAACUGAUAUUCUGUUCUUAAAAACUGGACUAAACUACCCGGAACUGAGAUUGAAUAAGCUCUUUCGAGUUCCCCGCAUGUUUGAGUUCUUCUCAAGAACAGAAACAAGGACCAACUAUCCCAACAUCUUCAGAAUCUCCAACCUUGUCAUGUAUAUUGUGAUUAUCAUUCACUGGAAUGCUUGCCUUUACUUCUCCUUUUCCAAAGCUAUCGGAUUUGGAGAAGAUACCUGGGUCUACCCAAAUGUGUCAGAUCCAGAGUUUGGCCGACUUGUCCGGAAAUAUGCAUACAGCCUUUACUGGUCCACUCUGACCCUUACCACCAUUGGAGAAACCCCUCCUCCAGUCAAGGACUCAGAGUAUUUCUUUGUAGUCAUUGACUUCUUGGUUGGAGUGUUGAUUUUCGCUACAAUUGUCGGUAAUGUAGGUUCCAUGAUUUCCAACAUGAACGCAGCCAGAGCAGAUUUCCAGGCCAGGAUUGAUGCCAUCAAGCAGUACAUGCACUUCCGAAAAGUUGACAAAGAUCUGGAAAAGAGAGUCAUCAAAUGGUUUGAUUACUUGUGGACCAACAAGAAAGCAGUGGAUGAAAGAGAAGUCCUGAAAUAUCUCCCAGACAAGCUCCGUGCUGAGAUUGCCAUCAACGUCCACCUAGACACUCUAAAGAAAGUGCGUAUAUUUGCAGAUUGUGAGGCUGGACUACUGAUUGAGCUGGUGUUGAAGCUGAGGCCACAGGUCUUUAGCCCUAGUGAUUACAUCUGCCGCAAAGGGGACAUUGGCAGGGAAAUGUACAUCAUCAAGGAAGGAAAGCUUGCUGUUGUGGCAGAUGAUGGGAUUACACAGUUUGUGGUCCUUAGUGAUGGAAGCUACUUUGGGGAGAUCAGUAUCCUGAACAUUAAGGGAAGUAAAGCUGGAAACCGCAGAACAGCUAACAUUCGAAGUAUAGGGUACUCUGACUUGUUCUGUCUGUCCAAGGAUGACCUCAUGGAAGCCCUCACAGAGUACCCAGAUGCAAAGGCAAUGCUGGAGGAGAAAGGCAGGCAGAUUCUUAUGAAGGAUGGGCUCUUAGAUCUAGAUGUGGCUGCACUCGGACCUGACCCAAAAGACAUGGAGGAAAAAGUCACCCGAAUGUAUUCAUCCUUAGAGCACAUGCAGAUCAAGUUUGCCAGGCUGUUGGCUGAGUAUGAUGUAGGCCAGAAGAAGCUGAAGCAGAGAAUCACUGGUAUUGAGAAGACGUUAACAUUAAGUGGAGAGGUAGUAUUUUCUGAACUGGUGGAUCCUGAAGCUGAAGCUGAAGCUGACACAGCUGAAAAGAAGUAAAAUGGUGCUCAGCUUUUUUCAGCACGAUCACAAACAUUUUUAUGCCGCACUUAACAAAAGAUUUCAGAGAUUUUAAUAUGAACACAUUGUCUUUUCGUUAUGUUUUUGAAAUCAUCUCUUCUGUCAGAAAAACUAUUUCACCGAAGAACUUGUACACCCAUAUGUCUACAAGAAUAAUUUGUACAAGAAACCUGCUAAUGCAACUCAAUUCCUGUCAUCAAACUUUUGUUUCCAUCCAGGUUCUGUAUUGUUAUGAAUUAAAAUCCUAACUUAAAAUAAGUUUCAGUUAUUCAUGUAAAACCAAAUCAGUUCUGUAAAACUUUGUAUCAUAUUUUUCAGAGUAGAUAAUCAAGUUUAUUGGUUAUUUAGUUUUGUUUUGUUUUUGUAAAUAUUUAAAAUGGAGAUAGAAUUGUUUAAAUUGCAAGGUAGAAAAGAAACAAUAUUUGUUUUCAAUGAGACAAAUGUUCUGGUGUAAUGAACACAUUGCUAAGAGCAUGCAGGUGCAAGUAAUCUAUUUAAAAUAAACUGCAUUGCCAUCUAGUGGUUGACUAUAAAGAAAUUCAAAGAACCCUAUUCAAUUGACCUUUUAUCGCCACCGUUUAUGCCCGUCUAAUUAAAAAAAAAAAAAAGUUCUUACUACAUAUGUUUAGUGAAACAAACACUGCUUGAAAUGUAACCGGUGUCUAACAUGAUCAUAUUCAUAAUGGAUGAAAUUGAUACACAGUAAAAGAUAAUAUUGUCUAGGGUUAACAAGAUUGAAAAGCUGUCAUGAGGUCGGAGGCCACUGGACAUGUCAGAAGCAUUGGAGGAAAACGUUGCCACAGCAUACAAUCUGUCUGAGGCACUUUGUAAAACACUGUAUCUGUAACAAGCACAUUGGAGUAUGUCAUGUCAUAAAAAAUGCAUUAGUGUUACAGUAGUAUCACCUUGAAGUAUGUCAGAGUUAAUAAAGUACUACCUAAGAGUA